CACCGCCUACCAGUAGACCCUACGCCUGAUACUCUGUCCUACUACGUGACAUAUAUGUCACAUCAUAUCCAGCCUCGCUCGGUUGGAGCUUACUUGUCCGGUAUCGUCAACAAUCUGGAACCCCAUUAUCCUCACGUCCGUCAGGCUCGUAACUCUCUUCUUGUCACGCGUACUUUACGAGGCGCUUUACGCACACUAGGACGUCCGAUGCUUCGCAAGGAACCAAUCCUGCGAAAUGAUUUGGAGCGAGUGUUGCUAGAGUUGGCUCAUCCUUUGUCACACGACGAUCUCUUAUGGAUAACUCAACUUCACUGCGGUUUUUACGGUCUCCUACGUUUAGGAGAAUUAGUGGUUCCUGACGAAAUUGCUUCGCGGGACUUCACGAAGAUAUCACUGCGGACCUCAGUAUCCAUUUCCCUUAACGACUUCUCUUUUCGGAUUCAGCGUGACAAAACCGACUCGCGGUACGAAGGGAAUCGUGUGGUCGUUCAGCGUUCAUUCGUUGGGUCUGACCCAUUUGUUCUCUUUACGUGGUACCUUCUCUCACGCGACUCUCGUUUUCCUUUGCACCCAUACCUUUGGGUGAGAUGGAACGGCAAAUCACCGACUCGUUCGUGGUUUGUACGAAAAAUGCGGGCAUUCUUUCCAAAAAAUGUCUGUGGGCACUCUAUGCGCGCAGGGGGUGCUACAUCUCUUGCAGCAGCGGGUGUAUCUCCUGAUCGUAUCCGU